AUGGCUGCCACCGAUACCGUGAAAAAGGAGGAGGCCAUUUCGGCCGAGCCUGCCAUGAAGUCCGGAGAGAGUAGUAUCUACAUCGACCGCGAUGCGGAACGGUCGUAUGUGCGAAAGGUGGACUUUUUCGUCCUGCCACUCCUCUGUUUGAUGUAUUUUUUUGAUUGCAUGGACCGCAGUAACCUGGCAAACGCGAAAACUGAUGGUCUAGACGAGGAUAUCCACCUGGUCGGGAAUGACUACUCGCUGAUGGUGUUGUUAUUCUAUAUCCCAUUCGGGCUGUGCGACUUGCCAUGGAACCUGCUUCUUAAGCGGUACUCUGGACGCUAUGUGCUGUCUUUUAUGACUGUGGUCUGGGGAAUACUCGCCCUCUGCCAAUGUGCCGUCAAGAACUUCGGGGGGAUGAUCGCUGUGCGGAUGAUCCUAGGAGUAUUUGAGGCAGGCUUCUUCGCCGGAGCUACAUUCUAUAUGACACUCUUCUACACGCGCGGCGAGAUGGGCUUCCGGCUGGCCAUCAUGCAGUCCUUCGCUGUGCUCGCCUCUGCCUUCAGCGGACUUAUCUCCUUCGGCGUGUUCCAGAUCCAUGACCCCGCCGUGAAAGGCUGGCAAUGGCUGUUUAUCAUCGAAGGCUCGAUGACCUUCCUCAUGGGAAUUAUCUCGUUCUUCUGGCUGCCCGGAAAUCCGCGUACUGCAUGGUUUCUGAGCGAGCGUGAACGGGCUGCGGCAACGGCACGGCUACUGCGCGACACCUCCGCCGAGGUGGACACCAAAUUGGAUCUGAAGGUGGCUUUCGAGACAUGGAAGGACUGGAAGUUUCCUAUUUGGUGCAUUAUCACGUUUACCUAUCCAGUGGCAUAUGCGACCGCGAUGAACUUCUUCCCGUUGAUUGUCGAACGGCUGGGUUUUUCCACUGUCAAAACAAACCUUUGGACGGUCGCUCCAAACCUUGUAGGCGCGGUGGUGCUUCUCUGUGUGGCCAAGUCGUCGGACCACUUCCGCGAGCGAACCUUUCACAUUGUGUUUUCGCUGGUGAUAUCGCUCGUGGGGAUGGUCAUCCUGGCGACAAUCGAUGUCCUGAGCCACAAGGGAGUAGCGUAUUUCGCAUGUUUCCUCAUGGCAGCCGGGUCGUAUAUCCCGUCGUGUUUGGUGCACGCAUGGCAUAACAACAAUAAUAUGCAUGAGAACUCGCGUGCUGCCAACACGGGUUUCUUCGUAGGGUUGGGCAAUUUGGCGGGGAUCUUAAGCGCGGCGACGUUUCGCACGCAAUACGCUCCAAAGUAUAUCCCCACGUUGGUGGCCACCUGCUGCUGCAACGGGGUGUGCAUUGUGGUCGUGAUCGCAUUGGGCCUGUGGAUGCGACGGGAGAAUCGCCGACGCGAUCGCCAACAAGGCCGAAGAGUGCGUCCGGGAGAAGUGGAUACACGUCAAAGGUCAUUCGUCGAUUGUAUCGCCAGUCCGCAUUCCUGCUUCUCCUCUUUUUCCCUUCAGCUUAUCACCGGCUUCGGCCUACCCGACCGGCAGAUAAAUGAGUCCCACGUGUGCCACUGGCCCAACUGCGGCAAGACCUUCACUCGCGCAGAGCAUCUGCGUCGCCAUGCCCUCAAUCAUGACCAGGCAAGGCAAGGCUACACCUAUCGCCAUCUGAUGCGCCAUGCCAAACGGGACGAGGAAGCUGGAGGCCCUGGUCAAGGAGUGCUGGAGACGAGGAAACGUACUCGCCGUGCGGGAGAUGGCUCCAUCAUUACUCGCCCUCCGAAGCGUCAGUCGCGCGCUCGUGCCAGCCACAGCUUGCCUCCAUCGUCGUCGGCCUCUUCCUCGUCGAUUUCCGUGACCAGCGCCCAGGACUAUGGUGCUCCUGUGUCCCCGCCGACGUCAGCGAGCGACCCAUCGUCCAUGACGUUGGACGAGCCCGAUCCGCUACUGGCUCCGAUGAUGCCCAGCGGACCAUUCGAGCCCUAUGUCGAGCCUAUCCCAGGGCAGUUUGAUGCGGCAGAUGGCUCCUGGAAUCUGGGACUGGACGGGAUGGGUGAUUUCUUCAGCCUUGACACUGCUACCGAUUUCAACAUGCCUUUUGCGGCCACUCAUAAUUACAACUGGCUGUUCGACGUCGCCUCUCUGGAUGACGCCUUUCCGCCCUUCGACCUCCCAUUAGGUCCAGACAUGGUCACCUUCGCCGAGGAUGCCCUCCCCGUCGAGGAUCCAAAAUCAUUCCUCGACCGCGACGGCUCCUCAGUCCUCCUGCAGGCAGCCUCUUUCGUAGAACGCAGCGACCCGCUCGUCUUCUCCGCGCCCAUCCUGGAUCCCCAACCAGAUACCAUCAACCUCGACUGGAUGGACGCGCCCUCCCUCCUCCAAACUACCCCCCAGCCCCAUCUUCCCAUCCUGACAGAAGAUUCUCGUCAAGGCAUCCUCAACCUCAUUGCGCAAGCUCCACCCUUGGCCAUCGACGGCCAACCCACCCCGCUAGACUCCCCUCUCCUCUCCCUUCCCUCCCUCCAAUCCUACAGCGACCUCUUCUUCACGCGCUUCAACACAACCUACCCCCUCCUCCACCAACCCACCUUCGACCCAUCAUCCACCACCCCGGUCCUCCUCGCCGCCAUCCUCUCCAUGGGCGCCACCUACAGCAGCCGCGAAGCGCACCAACUCGCCGUCGGCAUCCAUGACUCCCUCCGCAACCAACUCUUCUGCCACGCGGACUUCUCCCCCCAGCCUGACCUGUGGGUCCUUCAGGCAAUGCUCCUAAUUGACUGUUUUGGCAAGAUGCGCGCGGGGCCGAAACAGCGCGAACGCGCCCAGCUCUUCCACUGCGUGUUGAUCAAGCUCAUCCGGCGGAGCGAUUGCUGCGCUAUUCGCCACACCCCGAACCCCACUACCACUACCGACACAGACAUCGACACCCUCUGGCGCACCGCCAUGCACGACGAGCAGAAGAAGCGCGUCGCAUUGCACUGCUUCAUGUGGGAUACGCAACACGCCGUCCUCUUCUCCCAGUCCCUAUGCAUGUCAGCCUUUGAAAUCAGAUCCGCUCUGCCCUGUUCCCAGGGGACAUGGGAAGCAUGCACGGCCAGUGACUGGGCGCAUCAUGCAUCUAUGGACCCUCCACCGCGGAUGUUUCUCUCCGUGCUGAAAGGGUAUAUUACCCCCUCUGCGAUGGCUCGACCCCGCGAUCUGAAUACCCUGGCACGGAUCGUCAUCCUGCACGGGCUCAUGUCCGUCUCAGCGGACCUGAAAAGACGGGACCAGACGACGUUACGAGCGGAGACGCCCGAGCGGGUCGGUGCAUGGACGCGACGCAUGGGGAGAUCAUAUGAUCUAUGGAAGGUGGAUUUUGAUGCGGAUUGCUUGGCGAUGAAGUUGAAUUUCGGACAGCAUCCUGGGGAGGAUGUGGCUGGGUCGAGACGAGGUGGAGGGCUGUUCACGGGGCUGAAGAUGGCGGCGUGUGCGCUGUACCGGGCAGCCUGGCUGGCGCUGCAGGUAGAGAUACUGGAUUUGCAGGUCGCUGCCGGGGCGGGGAGGAUACUGGGAAGGACAGUGACGGAGGGAGAUCGGGAGAGGUCGCGACGGGGAUUGAAGAAGUGGUUACUUGGUGGCGGGGAGGGGGCGUUAGGAGCUGCGAGACAGGCGGCGAAGCUGUUGGAGGAGGCGGUGCUGAGUCUGCAUGAUUGGGAGCAGACGGAUGCGUUUCAUUUCCCGUGGUGUUUGUAUUUGGCGACGUUGACUUGCUGGGCGUUUCAUGGUGGGGUGGGUGGUGAGGGCCAGGGAGGUGGUGAACGUCCUGGGGAGAGGGUUACGACGGAUCUGGCGAGUUUGAUCGUGGCCAUGACGACGUGUGGAAGUCUGGGGGAUAUGGCGGCGCUCGGGGGAAAGUAUGAUACGAGGGGACUGGUGAGGACGAUGGCGCAACAGUUGGCCACGGUAAGGUGGGCGGUGGUGCAUGAUGCGAUGAAGGUCUUGGUGAAUCUGGGGAAUUGA